AUGGAUAUCUCCGACAUAGCGAGAAAGCUUGAUCUCUCUAACAACAAGCUAGUGGUCCGAAAAGCUGCCGAGAUUCGCCGCCUUUGUGACGCUCAGUUCGAUUCAUCCGUCAUCGGCGUUGGUGAGAUCUGUAAAGCUGUGAUCUGUCUCGAAAUCGCAGCGUCUCGGUUGCAGGUUAUUUUCGAUAGACAAGCAGCGAUUAAGUUGAGUGGUAUGUCUGAAAAGGCAUACACGAGAUCAUUCAAUAGCCUCCAGAACGUUAUUGGAGUCAAGAUUAAGCUUAAUGUUAAAGAGCUGGCGAUUCAGUUUGGCUGCGUUAGGAUUAUCAAAUCAGUGCAACACAUGCUAUCUUUGUAUAAAGAGAGGUUUCUUGCAUCGUUACCAGCGUCAAGACGGGCAAAUGCUGAUUUUACUAGACCUGUAUUUACGGCUGCUGCUUUCUAUUUGUGUGCUAAAAAGCAGAAGCUUAAGGUAGAUAAGCUUAGGUUGGUUGAAGUGUGUGGAACAUCAGAAUCAGAAUUCUCUUGUGUGUCGACCUCCAUGAUAGACCUUUGCUAUGACUGUGUUGGGGUCUCCAAGGAGAAGAAAGAUGCAAAAGACGUUCAAGGAAACAGGGAGUUGCUUGAUGUCUUACCUGGUAAGAGGAAACUAGAGGAUGGUGGAUAUUCAUCUGAUGAUGAGUCUUCUUGCUACAAAAGACACAAGAAGAUGGAGGAAGCUAAGUAUGAGGACUGGAAAUCAACAGUUGUUAAUUCGAUCAAGAAGAAUCCAGAGAAAGGACCUAAGAAAGUUAUACAGACUAGUCUCAAUUUCACUAAGAAGGCUGAGACAGAAGAGUUGAAAGUUGAUUCAUAG